ACCUAGACCUCCCCCAACUGAAUUGUAUUCACUCUCGCUAUUCGUUCUGGAAGGGAAAGGCUAUGAGCUGUUCUGAGCUGUUUUCCUCUUCUUAAACGCAAUCUACCUAAGGAACUUUUGUGAAAGACUGUAGCCUUUCAGAAUUUUACACAACCUGUUAAUUUGGAAACUGGGUACACUGAAGAUUGGGGUAUUUUCAGGCAGAAGACAGUUUGAUCUAACUGUCAAGGAUCUGGGGGCUGGUUGUUACCUACUAAACCAGAUGACAUGGCAAAAUCUGCAGUGCUUCGAGUGGUUAUUGGAAUGCUUUUUUACUCCAGCUGUGUCUUAGGAUCUUCUCAGCCAAUGCCAAGAGUCUAUUUAACAUAUGAAGAACUACAAGCUACACAAACAGCCCAGCACCACAGUGUGUCUCAGUAUCCCAUGGACUAUAGGAUUCUGCAAAUGGAUGAAGACCAGGAUCGUAUUUAUGUGGGCAGCAAAGACCACAUCCUGUCAUUGAAUAUAAAUAACAUUACCCAAGAGUCUCUAACUGUAUUCUGGCCAGCAUCGAGUAGCAAAAUCGAAGAAUGCAAAAUGGCUGGCAAAGAUCCGACGUAUGGCUGUGGCAACUUUGUACGUGUUAUCCAACCAUACAAUCGCACUCAUCUGUUUAUCUGUGGCAGUGGAGCAUUCAGUCCUGUGUGCACUUACAUCAACAGAGGUCGCAGGUCAGAAGAAAACGUUUUUUUUAUUGACUCUAAGACUGAAUCCGGAAAGGGACGCUGUUCUUUCAACCCUACAGUUAAUACAGUUUCAGUCAUGAUCAAUGAAGAACUGUUUUCAGGAAUGUUCAUAGACUUCAUGGGUACUGAUGCUGCCAUUUUUAGAAGCCUUACCAAGAGAAAUGCAGUGAGGACAGACCAACAUAACUCAAAGUGGCUAAGCGAACCCAUUUUUAUUGAUGCACAGCUUAUCCCAGAUGGGUCAGACCCCAGUGAUGCAAAACUCUACUUCUUCUUCAGAGAGAGGCUGACAGACAACAAUGGAAAUACCAAGCACAUCCAUGCCAUGGUUGCUAGAAUAUGUCCAAAUGAUGUUGGUGGUCAGCGUAGCCUAGUGAACAAAUGGACAACUUUUUUAAAGGCAAGGCUGGUGUGUUCAGUCAUGGACGAUGAUGGCACAGAGACAUACUUUGAUGAGCUAGAGGAUAUAUUUUUAAUGGAAACGGAAAAACCUAAAAACCUCUUGGUUUAUGGAAUUUUCACAUCCUCGAGUUCCGUGUUUAAGGGCUCAGCUGUGUGUGUUUACAAUAUGGCUGACAUUCUGACUGUGUUUAAUGGACCGUUUGCCCACAAGGAUGGCCCUAACCACCAGUGGAUUCCAUUUCAAGGAAGAAUCCCUUACCCAAGACCUGGUACAUGUCCUGGAGGAGCUUUCACACCAAACAUAUUGACGACCAAGGACUUCCCAGAUGAUGUAGUUACCUUUAUUAGGAAUCACCCCAUGAUGUACAAUCCAAUCUAUCCCAUGUACAAAAGACCAAUUGUUUUGAGGACUUACGCAGAUUACAAAUAUACAAAGAUAGCUGUGGACCAAGUAAAUGCUGCAGAUGGAAGAUACCACAUCUUGUUUCUUGGGACAGAUCGAGGAACUGUCCAAAAAGUAAUUGUCCUGCCGAGUAACAGAUCAAAAAAUGAGGCACUUAUCGUGGAGGAGCUGGAAGUGUUUAAGAAUCGUGCUCCAGUGACCUCAAUGAAGAUUUCUUCUAAAAAGCAACAGCUUUAUGUAAGCUCAGAAGAAGGUAUUACUCAGGUAUCUUUGCACCGAUGUCAUAUCUACGGUUCAGCUUGUGCUGACUGUUGCUUGGCCAGAGACCCUUACUGUGCAUGGGAUGGCAGAUCUUGCUCCAGAUUUUACCCCACAGGAAAAAGGAGAAGCCGAAGACAGGAUAUAAGACAUGGCAACCCCUUGACUCAAUGUAGAGGAUUUAAUCUGAAAGCAUACAGAAAUGCAGCAGAGAUGGAUCAGUAUGGAGUGAGGAACAAUACUGCUUUUCUGGAGUGUUCACCAAAGUCUCCACAAGCAACGGUUAAGUGGCUGAUACAGAGGCAAAAUGACAGGAGAAAAGAGGUGAAGUUAAAUGAGAGAAUCCUAUCAACAGAACAUGGGCUCCUUUUUAGAUCAGUCCAGGAUACAGACCAAGGCCUUUACUAUUGCCUGGCUACUGAGAAUAGUUUCAAACAAACUGUAGCCAAAAUAAACCUCAAGGUAUUAAGCAGUGAGCUGGUGUCCUCUCUGACUGACAAAAGGUCUCCGUGGUCCUGGGCCAGUUCUGUGAGUGGCUUGCAGCUCAACCCCAAGGACUUUAUGGGGAUGUUCAGCCAUACCGAGAUGCAGGCAAUCAACCACUACUGCAAGGAGAACAGUCAACGGGGGCAGCCCAGCAACCAGAAGCUGGGGGAGGACCUCACGAAACUCAAGCCUCUCAUUGAUGGCAGGAAAAGUAGAAACAGGAGGAACCAGUAGCCUGGGUCUUUCAUUGGUAACUUUAAAUGUCAUAGUUGUGAGCCCUGGGCAUAAGGUGACCAAUUUUGAAAAAGAAAAAAAUUAGAAGUAAGCAUUAAAACUCAAGUAGUCUUAUGUGGCAUACAUUGUCUAGAUUACUGUAAAUUAAGACCCAAAAAUGUACACAUAUACUCAAUAUUGGCAAUUGAAAGAGGCAGUGUUUUUUUUUUUUUACAUGACUGCAUCCAAUGCGUUUACCACAGAAAUCUGUCUAGUGUAACUGGUGAAUGGCAGGGAAUGGGUUUCUUUUAGGUUAAUAGUUUUAUACUAGAAUUCAACUGGAACAGCUGGAAUGAACAGGGCCCUUACCUGCCCCAACAAAAUACAUGUACAUGGGGGCAGAUGAUGUAAAAGAAACAGAUUUUUUUUAUUUUGCCAAAAGUGAAGCUGCAGCACAUAGAUUUCAAAUUUAAAAACUGUUAGUGAAAUAAGAGCUAGCUAGAAUGAUUCCUCUUGUUGAGUCAGGAGUGGUGGUUGUAUUUUAGUUACAUGUAUUACAGUAUUUAAUAAUUGCUUCAAACCUGACUGUCCAUGUGUGCAGGAUAACCUGAUAAUCCAUUCUACUUAUAAGAUACACAAUGACAAUCAUUUGCUUGAGGUGACACCUCUACUUUAAUGAUCUAAACAAAGCUGUCGCUUUCCUCUGUAUCAGUAUUUUACUGUAUUCAGUGAUGCUAAUACCCCAGCAGGAUUAAUACAGAGUUAAAGAUGACUGGUAAUUUGGUCUACAGCAGUUUAGAUCAUUAAAAUAGAUGUCACUUUUGGUCUGGUAUAUAUGCAGAAAUGGUUGUAUUGACAGAUAUACAAUAAUUUAUACAGGUAUGAAUUCCAAGAUAUCACUUUGUAAAUUCAGUUUGGCCCUAUUAUGUACCUGAUUGUGUAAAUUUAUUGAGAAACCUGCACAAAAUAAGUAUUUAUUAAUUUGCUCCGGGGCCUAUUUUUUUUUAAAGUGUGUUGUAGUACUAACAGUAGUAUUAGUGUACUGUACAUGUUGUUUGUAGACUAUUUAAAGUCUUCCUGUUUUAAAGGUAAUGACUAUACUGUAUAUAAUUUCAGUACAUGUUAUUAUACAUUACUAGACUUAACUGCCAAAGGCAGCAAAAUACCAUUUUGAAAUGUGUCAAGAAAGUUUUAUUUUCAUUAUUGUGUAGGUUGUAUAGUUUGCUGCCAGUGCUUAAUAGUUUAUCAGAUACAUGUGCAUGCAACUGAAGACUUAAAAUGUAUUUAUGUUUAUAUUUUUUUUUAUCCUGAUGAAACUGCCUUCACAGUGAAUCUUCAUACUCAUUGUUCUUUUGUAAUUAUAUGUAUCCUAGUAUUUUUUUUUUAUUUGAAAAUGUUAAAUAUCAAUUGCCCCAAGAAAUAACAUUGUUUUAAAACAAUAUAUAUA